AUGGAGGACGCCUCGAGGCUUCCGACGCCCAGCCGCAGCUCGGGCAACGCGGAGCGCAGCGCCAGCCGCAUGAGCGUGAGCACAAGGCCCAAGACCCACGACCAGUUGGUGGCGGCCAGGCAGCUCAAGCAGCAGAUCGCGCACUACUCGACCAUGCGCGUGCACAUGAAGCGCGUGCAGCUGUGUCUCGAGCAGGAGAAGCGCAACAAGUUCUACAAGGAGCUCGUGGUGUACCUGUGCUUCUUGGGCGUCAUCAUGGCCACGCUGCUGACGCUGCCGGUGCACUUCCCGUACGAGCAGAACUCGGCGCUGGACGGCACGUACUUCCAGGAGCAGCUGCCCGACACGACGUACGCCAAGAACUUCUACGACAUUGGCAACGAAGGCGAGAUGUGGCAGUGGGCGAGUGGCCCCAUGCUCUACCAGUUCUACGAGCCCCCGAUUCGGAAUAGCCGCCCCAUUGGCAGCAUCCAGAUGCGAACAGGACGCGUGAUUGGAGCGCUCUGCAGCCAGACGUCGAGCCGCAGCGACUUCGUCAUGUUUACGGAUGAGGUUUGCUACCCGGAGUACUCGAGUUAUCAUGAGAUUAAGGAGCCGUAUGGCAACGACAGCGGCGUGCUUCGUGCGCAGUACCAGUGGAGCAGCGGACUCAGCAAGUUGCUGCGCUCCGAGACGUUCAAGCCGGGACUCGUGAGCCACGAGAUGGACUACGGCCACGGUGGAUACGUCGUGUACCUCCCGCGUGACAAUUACACCGCAGCUACCGCUUUGGUCGCACAGAUGCAGAGCGACUUCAUUCGAGAUGGCACGCGGUACAUGUCAUCGACCUUCGCGUUCUACAACGCGCGCAGCAACAUUUUCUCGCACGUGCAGGGAUUGUUCGAGAUGAGCAACACGGAUUACAUGGAGGUCACAGGUCGCAUCAAGAGCUUCCGCAUGCUGGCGAGUUACAGAGAUACAGGAGACUUUCUGGAGGCUAACGCACUCGUGAUUGUGCUAUUGAUUGCCACUGUUCUGCUGGUGUAUCGUGAGAUUUCAGACGUGCGAAACUUUGGGCUACGCAAGUACGUGCAGAGCCUGUGGAAUCUCCUGGAUAUGUUACAGCUCAUACUGCUGGUGGUAUUUAUCACCCACUGGGUACUUUUCAUCGUGAGAUCGGAUAACUUGCGCGAUGAUCUGUACCGCGUUGGCGAUAUGAACUGCUCAGGCCCUGCGCACGACCAGGAGAUGGCUCGAGAAUGCUACGUGGACAUUGAGCCGCUGACGUGGCUUUCACGAUCGGUUACCAACUACGCUGCCGCGCUUGGACUGGUGUCCGUGGCCAUCGUGUUCAAGUAUUUGCGCUUGAAUUCGCGCUUGAAUCUGCUGUGGCGCACGCUUCGUUUCGCUGCAAAGGACUUGCUCGCGUUCGUGAUUAUUUUCUUCACCAUCUUCUUUGGCUUUGCUGUCAUGGGCUUCCUUACUUUCGGCACAGCAGUGCAGCAGUACCAUUCCCUAUCGGUGUCGCUGACGAGCUGCUUCCAGAUGCUGCUGGGUGCGUUCGACUACGAGGAGAUCUACGUCGCGAACCCUACCAUGGCUGGUAUCUUCUUCUUCAGCUUCAUGAUCUCGAUCUACCUCAUUUGCGUGAACAUGUUCAUUGCCAUUAUGAGCGAGUACUACUCGCUGGCUCAGACCGAAAAGAAGACCCUGGAAGAAAACAAGCGCAACCUGGCGGUUGCUACCAAGGAGGAUGGCGAGGAUGAGGAGGACUUCCGCGACUCGCUUCAGUUCAUGGACGUCGAGUACGAUAUUGCGAAACAAUUCAAGAUCUACAUGAACGGGCUGCGUGUACGCGUGAAAAUGCCCCCACUCAAGGAUGCGAACUCGAUGUACACCACGGAGCAGCUCGUACUCUGUGGCUUCCAGCGCGUGCUGCUUGUGGACUACGACUAUCUUAUGGCUGAGCGCAAGCGAUUACGCCGGAAAUUCCGCGCGUGUGUGCAUCUUAUCAUGGUCUGCGGAGAUCUAAUGCGGCAGAACGACCCGGAUUUCACCAUGCGCGUCGAGAUGGAGUUCGUCAAUGAGCUCGCACGCCCACGCGCAGACUCCACGGAUUCCUUUGCUGAUCUUGUCGAGUUCCCUGUUACGUAUGUGCCUAUCUCUUCGUCUCUGGCCAACACGGUGGAGAUCCUCAAGCGUUUGAAACGUGGCAUGUCGAUUGAAAUCGAUGACGGCUCGCUGACGAAGGACCAGAUCACACUGGAAGUGCUAGGAGAUCAAGACGAGUACAUCCCAUCCCGCUUUAAGCGACGACUUCCAACUGGAUACCCAAGUGACGACUACGAUGGAAGUAGCAACGCUGACGGGUUCCGUGUGCGGAUCAGUGAAAACACCAGCGCCACCGACGUGCACGGAAGCAGUCGCAGUGGUGAAGGACCUUUUGGACUGCGCCACAAUCACCCUAAUAUCGGUGGAGCAAACCAUAUCCGCGCCUGCCGGGUGCUGUACAAUGGUAACGCGUUGCUGGACGGCAACGAGAUGUGCAUUAUGCCGCGGUCGACCUGGUUCCGCUACUUCACUGGGUACGUUGGCUGGGGCUACAUUAAGCGGCUCCUGUCCUUCAAGCGGAAGAAGAAGCAGACGCACCGACUAGUGACGGAUGCGGACGUCGAUCGCCUUAUCAAGGAAAGCUUCGCUGCCCCCGGUCGCGGCAUUUCUUGCAGAUUCGAUGAACUCGUGCGCAACUUCCGCAUGUUCAUCGCCAAGAAGGUGCACAAGCGUCGACUUCGCAUCCCGAAUCUGGAGGACCGCAUCUUCCAGGAAGUUAUUACAUUCCUGGAGCGGUUCCCAUCGGCGCUCACACCUUUGGACAAGCGCGAGUUAGAAGGCUACAAGUACACGCCGCAGCCGGUGGACACGCGCCGUAUUCGGUUGCCCCACUCGAUCAAUCUCCUGGCCGAACUGCUGUCGCAGAACGCGCACGAGGUGUGGGCUGUUGGACGGAUUGACCAAGGCUGGCGUUGGGGCACUCAGCGUGAUAACGACAAGAAGCUCCACCCAGAUCUUGUACCGUACGAAGCUCUCACUGAGCAGGACAAGCAGUACGAUCGCGACACGUCGAUGUCGGCAUUGAAGGUCAUCACGGCUCUUGGAUACGUAUUGGAGCCUCCAUCGAGUAACGAGGAGCAGUUUGACGGAUUCGAGUUUGGCACCGCGGCGACGGAACCCGGCGGCACUUACGAGCCGAAGCCAAUCCCGACUGACGAUGUGAAGGUGCCUCCGCACCUUCGUUCUGUGAUUGAACUGCUAGCUGAGAACACGCACGAGGUCUGGGCGCAGAUGCGCAUGGAGCAAGGCUGGAAGUUCGGUCCGCGGCGAAACGAUGCCAAGAAGGAGCACAAUGGACUGGUGCCCUACAUUUACCUCACACAAGACGAGAAGCAGAUGGACCGCAAUACGGCCAUGCAGACGGUCAAGUUGAUCCUGCGGUUCGGCUUCAACUUUGUGCACAAGGAUCAACGCACGCGCGGCGGCAAGAAGAAGCACUCGGGCCACAUCAAGGUGGUUGGGCGCAACGAGAACGCGGAGGCACACAACGUGGGUGAGGCGGUGGCUCUGGCUCGCGGCGCUACCCGUGCCAAGCGCGCCUUCUUAGGCCGCAAUGGCCGGCCGUUCUCGAGCAUUCGGUCUGGCUCGGGUAACAGUCUCUUCUCCAUGAGCUCGUCCGGUUCGGAAACGCCUGCGUCUCGAGAAAUUCAGCAGCGGAGAGCUGCUGGAGCUCACGCUCGCCUUGUUGCAACUGCGUCUUCGUCCGCAGUAACAACCGAGUCCUCUGGCGAUAUUGCGAUGCCACUCGCAUCGUUCCAGUCCAUGAGCUCGGCGGAUUCCUUCGACUCGCCAAAAGAUGGCGACAACGCUAACAGCACAAUGCAGUAG